AUGUUAAAUAGAUAUGAGGAUGCAAUUAUUUGGCUCGACAAAGUAUUAGUUAUCAAUCCUAAAGAUAUUAAUUUUUUAUUUUACAAAGGUAUGUUUUAAUUUGAAUUUAUUUAUUAGGUUCAUGUUUACAGAUGUUAGGUAGAUAUGAGGAUUCAAUCAUUUGGUUGGAUAAAGCAUUAGCCAUCAAUCCUAAAGAUGUUAAUUCUUUGUUUUAUAAAGGUUAAUAUAAUUUGAAUUUAAAUAUUAGGUACAUGUUUAAGAAAAUUGAAGAGAUUUAAUGAUUCUUUAAAAUAUCUAGAUCAAGCACUCUCAAUUAAUCCUAAUCAUGCAUUUUCACUAGGAGCUAAAGGUAUCUUAUUAUUUACAUUUCAGGAUAAUUGUUAUGUUGAAUUUACUAUUUUGUAUUUUAGAGGAUUAACAAAAAUAUGAAGAAGCUGUGCUUCUUUAUGAAAAAUCACUCAAAAAAUAGCCUGAUGAUCAAUGGACAAUAAACAGAAAGGGUAUUCUGAAUUAAUUAAUUUAGCUUUCUGUGAGAACAAAUUGAAGCUAUGA